AUGGUAUUUCUUUCCCAUCCGACAUUUUUCCUUGCUUCUGUUAAUCACCCUUGCCACAUCAUGAUAUCUGGUUUAUACCAAAAACAACCACCUCAAAACCAGCCCCUAACCCGUGCUACGCACACAAGAAUAUUUCCGUGUCAUGUUUCCUCGAGUUUCUUCUUCUUCUUCUUCUUCUUCUUCUUCUUCUUCUUCUUCUUCUUCUUAACAUCAUCUUCUUUGCUCUUUCUUCUUAUAAGAAUUGUUCUCCUUUUCUUCUUCUUCUACUUCUUGCUCAUCUUAACAUCAUCUUCUUUCCACUUUCUUCUUAUUGUUGUUCUUCUUCCUCUUCUUCUCCUUCUUCUUCUUCUUUUACUUCUUCUUCGUCCCAUCAUCUUAUUAUUGCUCUUCUUCUUAACAUCAUCAUCUUCUUCUCUCUACUUCUUUUUCAUCUUCUUCUUCUUCUUCUUCUUCUUCUUCUUCUUAACAUCAUCUUCUUUGCUCUUUCUUCUUAUAAGAAUUUUUCUUCUUUUCUUUUUCUUCUUCUUGCUCAUCUUAACAUCAUCUUCUUUCCACUUUCUAUUUAUUAUUGUUCUUCUUCCUCUUCUCUUUCUUCUUCUUUUUCUUCUUCUUUGUCCCAUCAUCUUAUUAUUGCUCUUCUUCUUAACAUCCUCAUCAUCUCUCCACUUCUUCUUCUUCUCUUUCAAAAUCAUUCGUCUUAUCUCUAUUUGUCUUCUUCUUCUUCUUCUUCUUCUUCUUCUUCUUCUUCUUCUUCUUCUCAACGUCUUCCUAUACCCGUCCCACAUUCUUUUUGUUGCAUUUCUUGUUCUUCCUCUUCUUUUCAUUUUAUCUUCUUUUCACCACUGUCUUGAUCUUGUUGCUCUUCUUCUUCUUCUUCUUCUUCUUCUUACUACUACUACUACUACUACCCUCCUCUUUAUUUUUCUACAUUCCUUUUCUUGCUGCUCUUGUUCUUCCUUUUUUUCUAUCUAUCCCUAUUUCAUUAUUAUCUUGCUCUUCUUCUUCUUCUUCUUCUUCUUCUUCUUUAUCGUCUUAUACUCACUAUCCUCUUUAUCUUUACACAUUCUCUUCUUUUUCCUUUAUUUUCUUUUCACCACUAUCUUGAUCUUGCUGCUGUUAUUAUUGUUGUUCUAUUUCUUCUUCUUCUUCUUCUUCUUCUUCUUCUUCUUCUUCUUCUUCUUCUUCUGUUUAUCGUCCCACAUUCUUUUUGUUGCCGGCUUCCCUCUCCUUUUCCCUUCAUCUUCUUUUCUUCCUCUUGUUGUUCUUGUUUUACUCCUCCUCCGUCUUCUUCUUUUUUCUUCUUCUUCUCGUUAUCCUCUUUAUCUUUCCACAUUUUUGUUGCUGUUCUUUUCUUUCUCUUGUCACUACCAUCCUGCUCUUCUUCUUCCAUCACUUCUUCUUCUUCUUCUUCUUCUUCUUCUUCUUCUUCUUCUUCUUCUUCUUCUUCUUCUUCUUCUUCUUCUCCUACUGCUGCUGAUGAUUAUUUUUUCUACAAUAUACAAUAUUUUUCUUUUAUUCAUUUAUUUGUUUGUUUCCUUCAUGUUUUUUCUUCGUUUCAUACAGUUCGAUUCUAUCUUUUAUUCAUUCGUCGCUAACGACUGCCUUUUUUUAUUUUCUUCUUUUAACGUCUUCAUUUAUGUCAUACUGUUAAUUUUCGUUUUUUUUUUCCUUAUUUAA